AUGCUUUCGCCAUUCGUACGAGUCUUCGAAGUGGUCGAUCGCAAACAACGUGCCGACGUGCUGAAUCUGAUUCAGGGUGUUUUGAGACAACUCGUCUCUGUAGCUGUGGUUGACUCGUUAGGUUUAUGGGUGGUUGAAGUGAAAGAUUUUGUUUGGAGUGGUUCGAAGAGUGUUGUUGGACUUUCAGCGGUUGAGGUGCGAUUGAGUGUGCUCAGAUGCUUCAAGAAUGCCGAUCACGCGUUGCUGUCGCAUCUAGCACAGGCGGAUAUGCUUGAGUUGAUAUUCAUGAGUCUGCACGACGAGAAGCUCGAAAUACAAGAAGAAGCAGUGGCAUUGCUGGGCAAGUUGGGCGAUUUGAAUCCGGCAUUCGUGCUGCCCAGAAUGAGGAAAAUUCUGCUCGAAACACUGUCACAAUUGACGAACAGUCGAGUUGGAAGAUUGGAAGAAUACAGUGCACGUCUGAUAGCACAAAUAGCACAUUUGUCACCGAAAUUCAUGCGACCCUACAUGAAUCCAGUGCUGUCGGCUCUCAUUCCAAAACUUCGAUCUGAGAUUGUUCAUGUUGAUGUUACGAUACAGGUUCUGAAUGCAAUCAGUGAGCUGGCGAUCUCGGGUGGUGCAGAUCUGGUGCGUACAAUCGAUACACUGUUCACACCACUGCUGCAAUUUCUUCAAGAUUCCAGUAGUCUGAGUCGUCGUGAGGCAGCUCUGCGCACACUGGGACGAUUGUGUCAGAACACAGCGUAUGUGGUCGAUCCGUAUCGCGAUUACCCUGAACUGUUGGAGAUUCUACUGAGACUACUCAAAACUGAAAUGAGUGUCUCGAUGAGAAGGACCACAAUGAGGGUAGGGUAUACACCAGUGUAUUUAUUUCGUUAUUAUUGUUGUUACUUUCAUUAUUGUUAUAACUAUUUUUAA